UCCCACGCACACGCAGUCUUUAUUCUCCCGAUGAUUCUCUACCAUUACUGCGGUUGAAUCAUACAGUGACGCACGUCUCCCUCAUGGCAAUUGCAAAGAGCAUUGACAACCCCGAAGGCCUAACAAAUAGCCAUCCACCAGAGUAAGAGCAAGCAUUCCGAGUGUGUGUCUCCUCUGUCCUUCUCCGUUCCCAGUGACUUCUAGAAACUAUGGCCAUGAUCACUAGGAACACUACCUCACGCCUUCCUAUCCUCUUCUCCCAGCAUCGCGGAGCUGCCCUCUCUCUCCAUACCACUCUCCCCUCUCUCUCCGCCGAGGCAACACCUCCCACUCCUUAUGCCUGCCCACCGCCCCCUUCCACCUCUUCCCCCGCCGGCCUUUCCAAGGCAGCGGACUACGUUAUUUCCAAGGUCGAUGAUCUUAUGAACUGGGCUCGCCGCGGCUCCAUCUGGCCCAUGACUUUCGGCCUUGCUUGCUGUGCAGUCGAAAUGAUGCAUACCGGUGCUGCUCGCUACGAUCUGGAUCGAUUUGGUAUCAUUUUCAGGCCCAGUCCUCGCCAAUCUGAUUGUAUGAUUGUCGCUGGUACCCUCACCAAUAAGAUGGCUCCUGCUCUUCGCAGGGUUUAUGACCAAAUGCCUGAGCCAAGGUGGGUCAUCUCUAUGGGCAGCUGUGCAAAUGGUGGGGGAUAUUAUCACUACUCGUAUUCUGUUGUUCGUGGUUGUGACAGGAUUGUCCCUGUAGACAUUUAUGUUCCAGGAUGCCCUCCCACUGCUGAGGCCUUACUCUAUGGGAUACUCCAGCUUCAGAAAAAGAUCAACAGGCGCAAGGAUUUCCUUCAUUGGUGGAGCAAAUGAGUGCUUUUUUAUUUGUUACCGGUCGAGUUCAUUGCAUCUUUAUAAUCUAAUAAAUACAAUUAUGCAUCAGUCCGCCAUUUAAGUGCUGUGUGGAGAAAUACUGUUAGUCUGUUUUUCAAUUCUAGAUCGAAGUCCUUUUUGGUUUUCACCAAAGGCUUUUAUAAUCUGAAUGGAUAUGGUGGCUGCAGAUCCUUAAAACUUAAUUGUAACUUGGACAUGUAUGAACUUCCUUUAUUACUUGCUUGUGUAAUUACAGAAAGCUGCUUAUUGUUUUUGUAAUGUUGAGACUAAACAAAGAGCUUUUGUUCUCUUUA